AAAAGGGCAGAUGUAGAGAUGGGGGUACCUGAAGCUUGGCUGCCUGCAAGGAGCGAUGAGUGAGAUGGAGGCAGCGGCAGCCUGGCCUGGCGAGGACGACCUGUGGGCCUCUGGGGGCCUGCCCGCCAGUGUUGCCACUCCGGACACGGAACCCGAGGAGGUGCUGGACCUGAACCGACUGCCCAACGAGCUGCUCCAGGAGGUGCUGAGCUACCUGCCCCCAAGCACGCUGCUCCGGCACUGCCGCCGGGUGUGCCGGCGCUGGCGAGACGUGGUGGACGGCUGGGACCUGUGGCGGAGCAUCCUGCCCUGGAAACACCCCGACCUGUGGCCCGUCAUCCGCACCUGCCUGCCCCCUGCUGACGACCCCGGGCCCUGCAUCCUGGGCCGCUUCUGCGAGCGCAGACCCAUAGGACGCAACCUCCUCCGGAACUCUCAGAGCUCUCGUGGCCUAGGAUUCUUGAACCGGAUGGUGCUGACCGCAGGGGCUGCCCGGGGUGCAGAGGAAAACGCGAGGGUGGGCCCGCUGAUGGCCUAUAGACAGAGAUGGUUCCUGUCUACCUACAGGUGGUGUCAACAGAAGCAGGUGUUGGACCUGGAGAAGGAGGGUCUGUGGCGGGAACUCCUGGAUAGUGGAAACAUUGAGAUCUGUGUCUCCGACUGGUGGUUCGAAGACCGAGACGCUGACUGUUUAUAUCGGCUAAUUGUCCAACUUUUAGAUGCCAACCAGGCCGUCCUGCAUCACUUCUCUCCUUUGCCGUUUCCCAGCGAUCGGUUGGGCAACGGUUUCUUCUUUGAGGUCAACCACGUGUUCUCCAACCUCAAGAAAGGUGUCCGCUUUGUGUCUUUUGAACACUGGGUCCGGGACUUUGAGUUCUCGUGUGAGCAGCAUGGAGACUAUCCAUUACACCCGAGUGUGACCGUGCAGGUCUGUCAGGCACUACCUGAUCAUGCCUUUCAGGCUCUUGGACCCUUGGCCGAGCCAUCUCAGCGUUAAGGACUUGUAGCUCCUGGCCUCUGGGGAUCUCGUGAAUCCAGUUGAAGUUUCUAAGGGGCCCUGUCUUCAGGUUCUGGAAGCUACAGGAAGAACAUUCUUAUAUCAGAUUUACUGGUUGCCACUGCUCUAAGGCAGGCACUCUUCUAGUAAGUGGAGACGCACAGGUGAAGACGGAGAGAUGGUGAGAGGGCUCCUCGUCCUCCCCCCAUGCCAGGCCCUCUGGCUCAGCCCCUGUGCCCUCCGUCUUCAUUUCCUUCUGGUUCUGUGGCAGAGGCUUCACUGGUCAUGUGCAGAAAGCCCUCUCCUCAUGUCUGAAGUAGAAGCUCAUCCCCAUGGCUAAGAAAAUCCUAGCCCCCAACAGUGGUGAACUUAACCUCAUGGGGUUUCAAGACUUGGACCAGGACUCAGAGCAGGAAGUCAAACUGCCUCAAAAACUGUUUGGAGACAGAGGGUUCUGCCCACCCUGUGAGCAAUGAUACGGUCCCCUGAGCCCAACCCUACCCUGGAUCCUAUGGUGUAUAAAAUUAUUUUGUUACAUUUUGAAAUUCUUUUCAAAUAUGGAGAGAAUAAAUCAAGAACAUAUCUGCCAAUCAUAGGUAAUAAAUGUAAUAUAAUCUUGCCAAA